AUGGGCGUAGAGACAAUUCUUGAUGUCGACGAGUCGACAGAACCUCCUAUAUGUGGUUAUAAGGAUCCAAGCUCCCAGCCCAAUGUGACAAACCACAUAGAUUCUCAGCCCUGCGCAACUGAGGAAAAGUCUAUCUCGUAUACGAACGAACACCCCGCGCCCUUGCACCAACCAAACAAAGAAACGAUUGAUGAAAACGCUCAUCUCAUUAAGCCCCCUGAGAUUGUAUCUCUCCUACAGACAGAUCUUAGCGAUGGAUUGUCAGGCACAGAAGCGGCGACCCGCCUCCAGCGCGAUGGUCCGAAUACCGUGCGUGAAAUGGAGGGUUUCUCCGUCUGGGGGAUACUGCUAAGGCAGGUGUCCAACAGCUUGACACUAGUCCUUCUGAUAACAAUGGCCCUCUCUUUUGGAAUCGAUGAUUACAUCGAGGGCGGCGUCAUCACUGCAGUGAUUGUUUUGAACAUCGUGGUAGGCUUCGUGCAAGACUACCGCGCUGAGAAGACAAUUCUGUCACUGCAUCAUCUUUCUGCUCCAAUAUGCAAAGUCAUUCGAGAUGGCCGAAUCACCUCCGUCAAGGCGGAAUCGCUGGUCGUCGGCGACAUAGUCCAACUAGCAGUUGGAGAUAUUGUUCCUGCUGAUCUGCGCUUGUUCGAUGGCAUGAAUGCCUCGAUGGAUGAGGCUCUUCUCACGGGCGAAUCCCUGCCGAUCCUCAAGACGCCGCAUGUCACGUUCACAUUACCCGAUAUCCCUAUUGGCGAUCGAACCAAUAUGGCAUACUCAGGCUGCAGCACCACCCAGGGUCGCGCAAUGGGAAUUGUCAUCGCGAGCGGCAUGAAAACGGAAGUCGGCAAAAUCGCACAGCUCCUUCAGGCCCAGCCUACUAUUGGAGACUCUAGUCGUUUUGUUCGAGUGACGAAGCGAGUGAAGAAAUUCUUCAUGAAUAUUUUAGGUCUCGUCGGUACGCCCUUGCAAGUCAAGUUGAGCAAGUUUGCCCUCCUGCUGUUUGCACUAGCGAUUCUGUUGGCGGUCAUUGUGUUCUCAGUCAAUAAAUGGGAUGUUCAAGGCGAGGUUCUCAUCUACGGCAUCUGUGUUGCAGUAGCCAUUAUCCCGGAAUCACUCAUUGCGGUCCUCACCAUCACAAUAGCAGUGGGGACCAAGGCCAUGGCCAGAGGAAAUGUCAUUGUGCGCAAGCUUCAGUGUCUCGAGGCUGUGGGUGGUGUCACGAAUAUCUGCUCUGACAAGACUGGGACAUUAACCCAGGGAAAAAUGAUUGCUCGCUCAGCCUGGAUCCCUAGUGCUGGGACGUUGACCGUUAGCCAUACGACAGAUCCAUUUGACCCUACCAGUGGACUGGUCCAGCUAGACGAGAUAGAUUGGAGCUCGAACAAAUCCAUUGAAGAAAGCUCUGCAUUGAAUAUAUUUUUGCGAGCGAUCUCUCUCUGCAACCUUUCCACUAUCUAUCAUGAGAACCAAACAUGGAGUGCAGUUGGCGAGCCAACGGAAAUAGCUCUUCAUGUCCUAGCCCUGCGAUUCGGAUUUGGGAAGUCUUCUGUGAUGCAGACACGGCAACUUCAGCUGCAUACUGAGUACCCGUUCGACUCUGCCAUCAAGAAGAUGACCGUCGUCUACAACAAUAAGAAAGGCGGUACCAAAGAGUCAUACACGAAGGGAGCCCCAGAGACAAUCAUCCCCCAGCUCGACGUCCUCGAGUCGGAAAGGCAGACGAUCCGAGAUACAGCCGAUCGAAUGGCUGGCGAAGGACUUCGAGUCCUUUGCAUUGCGCACAAGACGACCCCAGCAAAUGAUGAGUCGCAAGUCUCUCCGCGGAGCGCUGCUGAGUCAAGACUCAGAUUCGGCGGUCUUGUUGGCCUUUACGAUCCGCCUCGAGUUGAAACAGCAGCUGCAGUGCGCAGAUGCCAGAUGGCAGGAAUAACGGUGCACAUGCUCACUGGCGACCACAUCAAGACGGCAACAGCGAUUGCGUCAGAAGUCGGCAUCCUCGAUCGUGUUACAAGAAUGGUCAAAUCUGGACGCCUUGUUAUGGCGGCGGAUGAAUUCGAUAAAUUGAACGAUGAGGAGAUUGAUGCUAUUGAAGAGCUCCCUCUUGUCAUCGCGCGAUGCAGUCCUGCUACCAAGGUUCGGAUGGUGGAUGCUAUGCAUCGUCGCCAGGCAUUUUGCGUUAUGACGGGAGAUGGCGUCAAUGAUUCUCCUGCUCUUAAGCGCGCUGAUGUCGGCAUUGCCAUGGGUAAAAAUGGCAGUGAUGUUGCUAAGGAGGCUGCGGAUAUGGUCUUGACAGAUGAUAAUUUCUCAUCUAUUGUGAAGGCUGUUGAGGAGGGAAGACGCCUUUUCGACAAUAUUCAGAAGUUUCUUAUGCACCUUCUCAUUUCCAACAUCGCACAAGUCAUUUUGCUUUUGAUUGCUCUUGCAUUCAAGGAUGAGGGAGGUGAUUCUGUGUUCCCCUUAUCUCCAUUGGAGAUUUUGUGGGCAAAUCUGGUGACAUCUUCAUUCUUGGCCGUGGGUCUAGGUCUCGAAGAAGCCCAAGCAGACAUUAUGUUCAGACCUCCGCAUGAUCUUCGUAUUGGCGUUUUUACCCGUGAGCUCAUUGUCGAUAAAAUGAUAUACGGCACAUUUAUGGGCACCUUGUGUCUUGUCUCAUUCGUCUGUGUAAUUUAUGCAGCAGGAUCUGGAAUGUCGUCUCUCGGCGAUGGAUGCAACGAGGGAUAUAAUCCAACCUGUGACGCAGUCUUCCGUGCUCGCGCCACUACAUAUGCCACUCUUACUUUUCUCCUACUGGUUACUGCUUGGGAAGUGAAGCAUUUCUCUCGCUCACUUUUCAAUAUGGACCCAAUUCGGUAUCCCAAAACGCUAUCGGUAUUUCCCACCGUAUGGAAUAACCGAUUCCUGUUCUGGGCUGUCAUGGCUGGUUUUGUCAUUGCCUUCCCGGUGAUAUAUCUCCCGGUCAUCAACAAGCUGGUCUUCAAACACCAAGCUAUUGGCUGGGAGUGGGGUGUUGUCUUUGGAUGUACGAUUGUUUAUCUGGUCCUUGUUGAGAGCUGGAAGGCAGCCAAGCGGGCAUUUGGCAUUGGAAGUGGGAAGAAUGCGACCAUCACCCUUGAAGAUGCUAAGAUCCGGGCGGGUCUGGCUACUCUAACUCCACUCUCCCUCAGCGAGAAUGCGAGCGUGGAGCUGAAAUAA